AAAACGUGUUACAUUAAUAAGAAUUAUCAAUUAUUACCUUUGUCUUAUUCUAGCAACGAAAGAUAUUUUUCCGAAAAAGGCGAAAUUUUUAAUUUAUAAAAUAAUCUAUAAGAAUAGAAAUUUGUGGUUAGAGAUCUAUACAGUACGUUGAUCGCUUAUUGCAACAUUUAUAACAGAAUCAAUUAACUGCGAUCGCGAUGCAACGAAUUUUCCCAAAAAUCGCGACCAUGCCGCGAAAGUGUUCGGCAAUGAAGAUGUCGAAGUUGUUGACAGCGAACGAGGACCAGAAAUGCUUGAAUCUCAAUGCUUCCGACAUCAUUUCUGCGUCGAUGGCGCGAAGUCAAACGGCCGUCGUCACGGACACCUUGAAUCGCACAGACGCGAUUCCUUUAUUGGAUCCGAUCGAUGAUUCCGCGGCCACCUUCGAGGUGUCCACUCAUAGGAUAGAUCCGUCGAUUACCGUCGAUAAAUCCCCGUUGCCGUUCGAAGAGAUACCUGGCCCCGCGAUCCUAAAGCUUUGGGAGAAGUAUUGGAAAUACGUGCCGCUCCUCGGUACGCAACUGUUUUCCAGUCUGCUAAUCAACAGAUUCACCCAGGGUCGUCUGUCCUGGAAUCGCAACGUCACACCACUGAAAUAUCUCUUCAAUGAAUACGGAUGUAUCGUCAGAGUGAAUGGACCUCUUUCAGGGGAUAUCGUUAUGAUCCAUAGACCCGAACACAUAGCCGAAGUGUUCAAGCAGGAAGGAGACACGCCAGUUCGCAGCGGAAUUGACAUAUUGCAGCACUAUCAUUUGCAUCACCGGAAGUACCGCCUAGCUGGACCCUUCUCGUUGCAGGCUUCAGACUGGCUCGAAAUAAGGGAGAAAGUCGAAAAUGAUUUCAAGAACAUGGCGUCCACCUUUUUUGGCAAGAUCGAUUUAGUCUGCGACGAACUGAUCGCCAGGAUAUACAAGACUCGCAACAAGCAGGACGAAGUGCCCUGCGAUUUCCACGAGGACGUGAUGCGUUGGGCCAUGGAGUGCUUCUCGACGAUCGUCUUCAACAAACACGUGGGCUUUUUGGAUACAGCUGGCUACAACGUAACUUCCGAGCCGUCGCAGAUCAUCAGCGCGGUAGCAACCGCCCACAAGUACAUGAAUCGCUGCGAAACGGGUUUCCAGGUCUGGCGGUUCUUUCUGACACCGUUCGCCAAGAAUCUCUUCGGGGCCUGCGACGUUCUCGACGGAUUGAUCGGGAAGCACGUCCGCCAAGCGCAAAACAAACUUCGGAGCCGGCCUUUCUUAGGGAAUAGAACGGAAAGCGUGGAAGAGGAGUCGCCUGUUCUGGAGAAACUUCUUUUAGCCGAUGGCGUACACUCCGACGACAUCUGCACGGUGCUGAUGGACAUGAUUAUAUUGGGAGUGCAAGCGACGGCGAACUGCGAGGCUUUCCUAAUGUAUCAUUUGGCAAAAAAUCCGAGGACCCAGAAGAAACUGUUCGACGAGAUUAUGAACGUUUUACCAACCAUUAAUUCCGCCAUAACCGAAGGAUCGUUGAAGGAAAUGCGAUAUCUGAAAGCGUGUCUUCAAGAGAGUCUCAGGUUGCGUCCAGCGUUCCCAUAUUUCACCAGACUGUUACCGAAGACUAUAUCUCUUCAUGGAUACACGAUACCGAAAGGAACGUUCGUCAUAAUGGCGAACCAGAUAUCGUCUCUACGAGAAGAAAACUACGAAGACCCUGAAAAAUUCCGACCGGAAAGAUGGUUGUCCAGCAACUGCGAAGAGAACACAGACUUCAGCUGCUUACCAUUCGGUUAUGGCAUACGGUCGUGCUUAGGAAAGAACAUAGCUGAGACCACGAUGAUGUUACUCACUGCAAAGAUCGUACGACAAUUUAGGAUCGAGUACGAUUACGCCGAUAUCAAGAGCAAGUUCAUGAUGAUGAACGUGCCCAAUAAACCACUUCGUUUUCGUUUCGUCGAGAGGAUUUGAGCGAGAACCAAAACGAAAGGGAACCUCUGAAGUUUUUUCCUGUUGCAGUCUAUCAGGGCCAGCAGCGUUUAGUUCGUUAAUAGUGUUAAGUUAUUGUAUAGCAAAAAGAUAAAAUAAGGAAGAUAUAAGGAAGAUUGCGGUGAACAGUGAUCGUAAUUUCAUAGAAGUCCAUUCUGUUAAGCAUUUGUUACGUCUGUAUAAGUGAGUAAUAAAAUUUAUUCAGAUAUAAGAAA